CACCAUCGCGGAGCUGCGUCGCGCCGAGUCUCCAUACGGGGCCCACAGAGCUUGGCAGGUGUUGUGCCUCUGUAAAGAAAACCUCCUGAAACUCAGAUAAGGAAAUCUCCCACGAGAGUUGCAUCGCGCCAUCGCUUUGCUGCCGAUAGCUAGGAGAGGCCAAUCUCCGCCGACAACCUAGCAACGCGAGUCGACGCUGCCAGCGCUCGAUUUUUCCCGCUCGGCCCGCUGCCACCGCUAGGGGGACAGCCCGGAACGCCUCCUCCGCGGCCCACGGAGCCUUAGAAGCUCAAAGCUCGCCGCCCGGCCUCCGCGCCCGCCCGCAAAAAGCCAGCAAGAACACUCGACGACCUCAAACCGACCAUGGAGAAGUACGAAAAGGUCGAAAAGGUCGGCGAGGGCACGUAUGGCGUCGUCUACAAGGUGAGGAAUGUAAGGACCGACGCGAUCCUCGCGUUAAAAAAGAUAAGGUUAGCUGAUGAAGAAGAAGGCGUGCCCGCGACGGCCAUCCGCGAGAUCUCUCUACUGAAAGAACUCAGCCAUCCGAACAUCGUGGCCUUGCACGACGUCGUCUACGUCAACAGCAAGCUCUUCCUCGCGUUCGAGUUUCUGGACCGUGAUUUAAAGCACCACAUGGACGCGCGGGGAGGUGUUGGAUUAGAUGUAUCAACAACAGCUUCCUUCGUCUACCAGAUUCUCUGCGGCGUCGCGUUCUGCCACGAGCGGCGCGUGUUACAUAGGGACCUCAAGCCACAGAACCUCUUACUUGAUCGGGUAGGAACGUUGAAAUUGGCUGAUUUCGGUCUAGCUCGGGCCUUCAGUAGCCCAAGACGGGCCUACACGCACGAGGUCAUUACGUUGUGGUACCGCGCGCCGGAGAUUUUACUGGGCGCCGAGCACUACUCGACGCCGGUCGACAUUUGGAGUAUUGGGUGCAUCUUCGUGGAGAUGGCGUCGUCCAAACCAUUGUUUCCCGGGGAUUCGGAGAUCGACGAGCUGUUUAGAAUUUUUCGGGUCCGAGGCACGCCGAACGACCACGUCUGGCCCGGCGUCAGUCGCCUGCCGAACUACAAACCCGAAUUUCCCCAGUGGCACGAGCAGCGCCUCGACAAGGCGGCGCCCGCUUUGGCGCCCUCGGAAGAAAACGGCGGCGACGCCGCGAUCGACUUGCUCGCGCAGAUGCUGACGUACGCGCCGGCGCGGCGGAUCACGUGCCGCAAGGCCCUGGACCACGCCUUCUUCCAGCCGCCGCGUUUAGAUAGGACGCGCUUCGCGGCGUCGACGGCGGCGCUCGGCUGACUACGCGUGCUUUGUGUUGGGGUUAUAUUAUUCGCUUUCUCUGCUA